GUGGGAUAUUUAUUAACGUCCUGCUGCCCUGGUUUUACUCCUGAAACCUGUCUCCUUCCCUUAAUAUUCAACCGCAUGUUUCUAUACUUUCCCAUCAUAUGGCCCUUCAUAAAACGGCUCCCGCAUAGUUAACAUGGCGACAACUACAGUCACCUCCACCAAGACAACUCUAUCCACCACCCAACCCAACCAGCCACGCGUGCUAUCGGUCGGAAAAUCCUCCUCGCACAGCAACUCCAAAUUCCCAGUCCCAUCAAUCACCCUCGUCCCCGGACUAGGCGUACAAGGCGACUGCCACGCCGGAAGAAGCGUCCAGCACCAAGCCCUUCGCCAGAGUAACCCAGACGCCCCCAACCUCCGCCAGGUCCAUGUUAUCCCAGUCGAGAGUCUGCGACAGGUCUCAGCCAAAGUCGGCGGGAAGGCUCUCUCACCUGGAGACAUCGGCGAGAACAUAACGACCGAGGGGAUCGAUUUGGCCACGCUAUCGCGCGGGACUGAGGUCCAUUUCGUUGGGCCGGGGGAUGCGACGAAUAAUGCAGUUAUUGUAUUGACGGGUCUGCGUGACCCUGGCCCCGGGAUUGAUAAGGUGCGACCUGGCCUGAAGAAUCACUUUGUUAGACGGUUGGCUGGUGUUAUGGCUACAGUAAAGCAGGGGGGUUCGAUUCGGCCAGGCAUGCGUAUUGAUGUUGUGAAGCCAGCGCGUGCUGACCCUCUGGUUGUUGUCUGAGUUAUUGUCAAUUACUAUACUCCAGACUGGUUAUUGCAAUUGAAUAUUGAAGUUCCGACGCGGUUAUUGAACAGUAGUUCCAUUAUGAAUACUAAUACCACGACAAGCAAUAACAUAACGGAACCUAGCAUUUUAGUGACAUCUGAAUUACGAUUCCAUAGCU